UGCACUGCGACGCUCUCCCACUUAACGUACGACAGCGCCAUGACGACGCCGCACCUGACGCCGCUUGACGCCCGCGACGCCUCGUGGACGCUCAUUGUUGCACUUCGGUCGCCUCAUCCGCGCGACGUGGCCGUCUCGUUUGGCGCACGCGCGACCACUGUGGCGGUAGCGGAGGCGAGUUGCGUGGCGUGGUACGUGGACUGCAGCGUGCGCCUGGCCCCUGUCGCAGCCGGCCAAUGCGCCUACCUCGUCUAUUCGGUGCAGCACGUCAACGCACCGACGCCGCGAACGUCACCGCCGUGCGCCGCCGACGUUCCGUGCAUGCUCGCCACGUUAUCGGCGGUGCCCAAGCAGUUUGCGACGACGUAUGCGUAUGCGUGCCCCGGGUCGCUGCGCAGCAAGAAUGACAUCGUGCAGAGUCUCGUGGCCGCCGGCACUGUCGACGUUGCGCUCGUCACGCUCUCGGAUGAUCAGUCCAAAGUGUACGCGCAGUAUGAGCUGCGCGCACGGUCCGCCGAGAUCAGGCGCCAGCAUCCGUACAUAGCUCGCGAAGCCGCGCAUCGUCUCUACCUCGACGAGCGGCGCGGCGAGCUCUCACAGCGCGCGCUCAACGAGUACGCUGGUCGUGUUGCGGUAGAUCUCGAGCGCACGGCGCCACGUCCAACAUGCGACUUGGACGGUUUUGAUCCGACGGUCGACCACAGCACGCUACUGGCGACCGACACGACGCCGUACGUCGAGUUUGCUCAGUUCGUUGAUGACGCCGAGCGCAUCGAGUAUGAAACCUACGGCGCGUACGCGCGUGCGAACGACUACGCCGACUUUCACCUAAACCCGCUGCCCGACUUCAUCGCGGCUGUUGGCACCUCAAGGAAGCCAGUGCCAGCACCGCCCCGUACGAUUGCCGACGCAUUUGUCAUGACGCCCAUGCCAGCAGACAUGGACGUGUCGGUGCUCUUUGGGCGCCGUAUCAACAAGUGGGUCGCCACGACGACUUUGGACGACCUUGGAGAGGCCUCGGUCGUCCUCUUUUGGCCAAAGAAGCAUCGUGUCCGUCUUCUUGGCUUCGCCGCCGCGUGUCGGCUGCUGCAAGACGCGCUGACCGCACCGCCGACCGACGAUGUGCCGCUCGGGUACGACAGCUUGUCGGCGCUCGCGGCGGCCGUCAUGGAGAUGCUGUGUGACAAUGACGUCAUGACGUCAUAUGACGAUGUCAUGACGAUGCAACAGCUCGCAACACGGUAUGCGCCGCUUCGAUCGCUCUACAUUGCGCACGGCAUCGACCUCUUUGACGACGCUAUUUCCCGGUCCGGCAUCCAAUGGCUUGCGACAACGUGCGCAACGGUCGGCUGGCUGGACGUCGGGGCCGCGAUCGUCACGCUGGUGGACCAAGGCAUUGGGGACUGGCACAAAACGUUCACACAUCUCCCCCUCAACUGGUCCAAUCUGGCUACGACGCUUCAGUUCGUCACGGCGCUCCUCGACGCGUUGGGGCAGCCGCCCUACUGCGCCGAACUCGUGUUCUUGCUGUGGGACACGGUGGUCGCCAAUUUGGCGCACUUCCGGGACGAGCGAUAUGACGAAGCGACGCACGAUCGUGUACUGGUGCUGCGCUGCCUCUUGCAGCUCGAAGCACGCAUCCUCGCCGACGUCGAGGCGGCGUCGCCGACGACAAUGUGGCUCGGCGGUCGGCUGCCCUCGUCACUUUUCUGGGUCGUCCGUAGCUUCGUCACCGCGCCCACCACAGUGGUCUCGAUCGUGCAGCGUUUCCGCGCCGCCAUGGACCCGGCGCUGGUGCUGCUCCCAUUUGUCCUCGACGUCGGCAGCGUAGCGCAAAUUGCGCCGUUGUUGCCAGACGUGCGCGCGUCCAUGGCGUCGUGCGACCUCGUCUUUGACGUUGUCUGUGAUGCCGGGUCUGUCAUGUACAUGCUGCCCGAGUUUUACAGGAACGUGCUUCGCUGGCGGGGCGUCCAUGGUGGUCUUCUACGUGCGGUCUCGCCGUCGUUUGCCCGCUGCAGCCGACGCAUCGUCUAUGCACUCGUACGCGCCGUGCACAAAGGACUGGUCGUCACGGCUUGCGAAGCUUGCGCGAUUGCGGAUCUCCUUUUGGGCUACACCACGUGCCUCGUCGACAAGAGCUACAAGCAGCAGGGCUCGCCGUGCGGCGGCGAUGCCAACUACGACGGGCGCAAGGGCGACUACGGUACGCCCCCGACAAAGGCCAUGCACGCGGUGCUGCUCAUUCUGGACCGCCUCUCGCCAUUGCACGUACCGCGCUUUGUCGACGAUCUUGUGGACAAGGUUGUCAGUGACGAGCACGACGACACGCGACUGUACCACGCCCGACGCGUGCUCUACCCGACGAUUCGCUUCUUGGACGCCAAGCUCCCGAUGAAGUACGCCUCCAGUCGCGACGCGCUGUGCGCGGUGGUCCUUCCGAUGCUCACGGCGGCGGCGGCGAUCGCGUGCGGCUGUGACUACUGUACGACCACGGAAGAGAACCGCGCGUGGCUGACUUCAUGCGAUGAGCAAGAGCGCGAUGCGGCGCGCCUCGCGUACCUCCAUGCAACGCCACCGACCAUCAAGCGUGCUGCGGCGCUGUUGACAGCUAGCACCAAGUGCACCGAGACAGCGUAG